UGGGGAUUGCGUGGCAGGUGAGGCGGAGUCAAUUCAGCCCUGCAUUCUUGUGCUUUGCUGCUGGGGCGAGUGCUGGGGGCGGCUGCUAGUGCAUGUCGGCUUACGUGGGUGUUAGCUUUGUAGCUGAAAACGUCUCGCUUGUUACAAAGACUGUAUUGACGUUGGUGGCUUCAGCGGCGGCCACUUUUUAAAGUAGAGAUAGCUUUUUCUGCAGAGGUUACAGUCAUCUUUCCCUAGGAUUGCUAUAGGCUCCGUGCCCCUAGCAGAAGAUAUGCCACGGGGACGAAAGAGUCGGCGUCGCCGUAACGCAAGGGCCGCAGAAGAGAACCGCAACAAUCGUAAGAUACAGGCCUCAGAAACCUCCGAGACCCCGAUGGCCGCCUCUUUGGUCCCGAGCACCCCCGAGGACGACCUGAGCGGCCCACAGGAAGACCCAAGCACUCCAGAGGAGGCCUCCACCACUCCCGAGGAAGCCUCGAGCACUGCUCUAGCGCAGAAGCCCUCGGUAGCCAGGAGCAAUUUUCAAGGCACCAAGAAAAGUCUCCUGAUGUCUAUAUUAGCCCUCAUCUUCAUCAUGGGCAACAGCGCCAAGGAGGCCCUGGUCUGGAAAGUGCUGGGAAAGUUGGGGAUGCAGCCUGGCCGGCAGCACAGCAUCUUUGGAGAUCCAAAGAAGGUUGUUACUGAAGAGUUUGUGCGCAGAGGGUACCUGAUUUAUAAGCCGGUGCCCCGUAGCAGUCCUGUGGAGUACGAGUUCUUCUGGGGACCUCGAGCACACGUGGAAUCAAGCAAGCUGAAAGUCAUGCAUUUUGUGGCAAGGGUGCGUAACCGAUGCUCCAAGGACUGGCCAUGUAAUUACGAUUGGGAUUCUGAUGAUGAUGCAGAAGUUGAGGCUAUCCUCAAUUCAGGUGCUAGGGGUUAUUCUGCCCCUUAGGGAAAUAUGUAGCACACACUUGAGGGGGAUUGGAAAGAGCUUCAAAGGUACCCCAAGGAGUAGAUCAUCUGGGUCCUUAGUUGAAUGUAAUGGGGAGUGGGGCACUAUAUUUGGUAUUUGUGAUCAGUGCUAAUUGUUUGAGAAACAGAACGUUUACUUUGAAUAUUGUAAAUUUUAUUCAUUUUAAUACACUGUUGAUUAAGGUCAUAAUAUGUUUUAAAAUACCGUUGAAGAAGAUAUAUUUUUUUCCGUCAUUGAUAUUUAGUAUAACAGUUUUGCUAAUGUUAUAAAAUGAAGUCUUUGCAUCAUAUUCUGUGAUCUGAUACAUAUUUUAUAUCAUUAAAAUAGGCUGUUCUUAAAAGUUUGAAAUAACCAGUAAAAUGUGAGAGAAGGAUGGGACAAUUCUUUUAUGUCUUGCCAUUCUGAAAACCUUUGUGUCUGCUGUUGUGUAAAGAAAAUUUACAACUACCUUGAUUUUGCUUAGUUACUGCAGAAUAUAGAAAAAAAUAAAAGCUUAAUGAUGAGGA